CGAAAUCAAUUAGUUUCAGAUUACUAGUGUUAAUAAUAACAAGUAAAUAAUGUUUAAGUUACCAGUAUUUAUAUUUGUUUAUGCCUUUGCCAUAGUGCUGGCUAAACCACAAGAAUCCGCUGUACGGUUAUCUCGGCAUGUUGAUACUUUUACUAACACGAAAGGAAACCUAACAAUACUUUUUCCCAAUAAUACUACAUCAAAUUUGAAUACUACUACUCCAAGCUGGAACGUAACAACACUUCCUCCUUCUAAUACCACAGCAAAAUAUAAUACCACUACUGCAAGCUGGAAUGUAACAACACUUUCUCCUUCAAAUACCACAGCAAACUGGAAUACUACUACUGCAAGCUGGAACGUAACAACUCUUUCUCCUUCUAAUACCACAGCAAACUAUAACACUACUACUUCAAGCUGGAACGUAACAACACUUUCUCCCUCUAAUACUACAGCAAACUAUAACACUACUACUGCAAGCUGGAACGUAACAACACUUUCUCCCUCUAAUACUACAGCAAACUAUAACACUACUACUGCAAGCUGGAACGUAACAACUCUUUCUCCAGUUAAUACUACAGCAAACUUGAACACUACUACUGCAAGCUGGAACGUAACAACACUUUCUCCUUCUAAUACCACAGCAAACUAUAACACUACUACUUCAAGCUGGAACGUAACAACACUUUCUCCCUCUAAUACUACAGCAAACUAUAACACUACUACUGCAAGCUGGAACGUAACAACACUUUCUCCUUCUAAUACUACAGCAAACUAUAACACUUCUACUGCCAGCUGGAACGUAACAACACUUUCUCCUUCUAAUACCACAGCAAACUAUAACACUACUACUGCAAGCUGGAACGUAACAACACUUUCUCCCUCUAAUACUACAGCAAACUAUAACACUACUACUGCAAGCUGGAACGUAACAACUCUUUCUCCAGUUAAUACCACAGCAAACUUGAACACUACUACUGCAAGCUGGAACGUAACAACACUUUCUCCUUCUAAUAACACAGCAAACUAUAACACUACUACUUCAAGCUGGAACGUAACAACACUUUCUCCCUCUAAUACUACAGCAAACUAUAACACUACUACUGCAAGCUGGAACGUAACAACUCUUUCUCCAGUUAAUACCACAGCAAACUUGAACACUACUACUGCAAGCUGGAACGUAACAACACUUUCUCCUUCUAAUACCACAGCAAACUAUAACACUACUACUUCAAGCUGGAACGUAACAACACUUUCUCCCUCUAAUACUACAGCAAACUAUAACACUACUACUGCAAGCUGGAACGUAACAACACUUUCUCCUUCUAAUACUACAGCAAACUAUAACACUUCUACUGCAAGCUGGAACGUAACAACACUUUCUCCUUCUAAUACCACAGCAAACUAUAACACUACUACUGCAAGCUGGAACGUAACAACACUUUCUCCCUCUAAUACUACAGCAAACUAUAACACUACUACUGCAAGCUGGAACGUAACAACACUUUCUCCUUCUAAUACCACAGCAAACUAUAACACUACUACUGCAAGCUGGAACGUAACAACACUUUCUCCCUCUAAUACUACAGCAAACUAUAACACUACUACUGCAAGCUGGAACGUAACAACUCUUUCUCCAGUUAAUACCACAGCAAACUUGAACACUACUACUGCAAGCUGGAACGUAACAACACUUUCUCCUUCUAAUACCACAGCAAACUAUAACACUACUACUUCAAGCUGGAACGUAACAACACUUUCUCCCUCUAAUACUACAGCAAACUAUAACACUACUACUGCAAGCUGGAACGUAACAACACUUUCUCCCUCUAAUACUACAGCAAACUAUAACACUACUACUGCAAGCUGGAACGUAACAACUCUUUCUCCAGUUAAUACCACAGCAAACUUGAACACUACUACUGCAAGCUGGAACGUAACAACACUUUCUCCUUCUAAUACCACAGCAAACUAUAACACUACUACUUCAAGCUGGAACGUAACAACACUUUCUCCCUCUAAUACUACAACAAACUAUAACACUACUACUGCAAGCUGGAACGUAACAACACUUUCUCCCUCUAAUACUACAGCAAACUAUAACACUACUACUGCAAGCUGGAACGUAACAACUCUUUCUCCAGUUAAUACCACAGCAAACUUGAACACUACUACUGCAAGCUGGAACGUAACAACACUUUCUCCUUCUAAUACCACAGCAAACUAUAACACUACUACUUCAAGCUGGAACGUAACAACACUUUCUCCAGUUAAUAUGACAGCAAACCUAAACACUACUACUGCAAGCUGGGGAACGUAAAAACACUUUCUCCUUUUAAUACCACAGCAAAAUAUAAGACUACUACUGCAAGCUGGAACGUAACAACACUUUCUACUUCUAAUACUACAGCAAUCUAUAAUACUACUACUGCAAGCUGGAAUGUAACAACAUUUUCUUCAGUCAACACAACAUCCACCUGGAAUACGACUACUUUUAGCUGGAACGUAACAACAGGUUCUUCUCUUAGUACCACAUCAAACUAAAAUACUACUAUUAGUUCAAGUUGGAAUGUAACAACACGUUUUCAAGAGUUAAUUCCACAGCAUACUUAAACGUUACCAUAUUUUAAUAAUUUAUAGUUAAAAAUAGAUUGACUAUUUACUAUUGUUUUUAAAUUUUUUUUAUAUAUUUAUUUAAAAUUAUUGUUCUUGUUAUUUUUAAU